UACAAUUUAUUUGGACAUGCAUUAUACAAAGUGAAAUAUUUUCUUAUAUAUUUUUCAACCUAUAAUAUGAUAAUCUUGUACUUGUAAUUUAAAAAUUAAGCGUCAAUGAUCCACGUUGAGAAUUGCACUUGCGGCUCUCAGUCUUGCUCAGGAUGAAAACAAAACAUUUUUUUUCCGCCUUACAAAUGUUUUGACGUCAUUCAUUGGUUAUUUUGGUCUGUCAGUCAAAUGUGGGCGGAGUCAUCCGACAAACGAGACUUCCAGUAAAGUCCCCCCUCUCACAUGCCGCUCAACGCAGAGUCAACAGGCUGGACGGGACGCGGACGGAACACCGUAACAACUGGAUAACAUCAACAAACCAGCUGUUCGGCAGUAGUUUUUUACUACUUCAACAACUUUACUCUCUUUUAAAGACCAUUAGAAGCUCAGUUUUAUAAGGGUUUUGACAGGUUUGUGCCGGCUUGGGAUGUGACAGUCAGAGGAGGGUUUUUUGAGCUCAGGCGGAGCACUCCUCCUCCUCCUCCUCCUCCUCUCCCGUCCCCUCUCGACCAUGGCGGAAGCGGCCCAGCAGCAGCAGCAGCCACACCUGGUGGAUAUCGACCCGGAUUUCGAGCCCCUGUCGCGGCCCCGCUCGUGCACCUGGCCGCUGCCCCGGCCGGAGUUCGUGAACCCGGGCGACUCCAACACCUCCUCGCCGGUGCCCUCCGUGAAGCAGGAGCCCGGCGGCAACUCGGAGUUCAUCAACAGCCUGAGCCUGCUGGAGGAGAAACCCGUCCUCCUGUGCGGCGAGUUCCAGUGCCAGGAGAACUGCGUCCACCAGCAAGCUCCACAGCAUCACCACCAGCAACAUCACCCGCAUCAGCAGCAGCAGCAGCAGCAGCAGCAGGUGCCUCUUCUCUCCACACCGGUCGGCUCGUCGCCUUCGGCCGCCGCGGCCGCUGCAGCCGCCGCUGCCCAGAGGAAGAGCAGCUCCUCCCGGCGGAACGCCUGGGGGAACAUGUCGUAUGCAGACCUCAUAACCAAAGCUAUCGAGAGCUCUCCAGAGAGCAGGCUAACUUUAUCCCAGAUUUAUGACUGGAUGGUGAAGAGCGUGCCUUACUUCAAGGACAAGGGAGACAGCAACAGUUCCGCGGGCUGGAAGAACUCCAUUAGACACAACCUGUCCUUGCACAGCCGAUUUGUCCGGGUCCAGAACGAGGGGACGGGGAAGAGCUCGUGGUGGAUGCUGAACCCGGAGGGCGGGAAGAGUGGAAAGUCCCCACGACGCAGGGCGGCCUCCAUGGACAACAACAGCAAGUUCACAAAGAGCAGAGGGAGAGCAGCAAAGAAAAAAUUGACGGUGCAGGGUGGUCCUGACGGAGGUGCAGACAGCCCAGGCUCCUAUUCCAAGUGGCCCGGCAGCCCCAACUCCCACAGCAACGAUGACUACGAUGCCUGGAGCAGCUUCAGGCCUCGGACCAGCUCCAACGCCAGCACUUUGAGCGGCCGCCUUUCACCCUUCGUGCCCGAGGAUGACCUGGGAGAAGCCGAAGUGCACAUGGGGUACCCAGGGGCUCCGGGACCCAAAAUGACAGCCACGCUGCCCAGCCUCACGGAAAUGACGGGACACAGCUCCGAGAACGUCAUGGAGAACCUCCUGGACAACCUGAACUUGCUGUCACCCAACAACUCUCAGGUUGGAGGAGGGGCGACGACUCCCGGCUCCUCCCAGUCCUCCCCCUCACCCAUGAUGCAGCCGAGCCCCGGGUACCCAACCUACAGCUCCCCUGCCAUGGGCUCACAGUCCCAGCAGGACUACCACAAGUGCGUCUACGGCCAAGCUGGAAUGAACGCCCUGCCGUCCAUGCCACUGCAGACUCUGUCAGAGAGCAAGCCCAGCUUUGGACCCGGCAUGGGUCAGUACAGCUGCCCCGCGGGGCUCCUGAAGGAGCUGCUGACAUCUGAUAGCGACCAGCACGGAGAACUCAUCCCAUCAGUGGACACGGUGACCUCUCAGUCCAUGCUGCCACCGUACAACAGCAGCCAGCAUGCAGCCAAGCUCAUGGCGAUAGGGACCAGCCACCCACACGGUCUUUCUCACCCGCACCCCCACAACGUGCACAGCCAGGCCUCGGCCACGUCACCAGCUAUGAAUGGCCGCCUGCUCAUGUCCCUGAACUACAGCGGGGGCUCCAUGCGUUUGCCUGCAGCCAAAAGCCCCAUGCAGGUGCCUUACGGCCUCCCGGGCCACCUCAGCGGGGGCGGCAUGCCCGGCAGCUUCUGUCCCCUUAACACCAACGGGUACGGCCGAGCGGGCCUGUCAGCGCCCCCGCACGCAGAGAAACUCCCCAGUGACCUGGACGACAUGUCCAUCGAGAAGUUUGAGUUCGACAUGGAGACGGUCCUCCACGACACUCUCAUGGACGGGGACUCGCUGGACUUCAACUUCGAGCCGGUCAUGACCCAACAAAGCUUCUCACAUGGGGUGAAGACCACCACACACAGCUGGGUUUCUGGGUAGAAAGUAAAGCAAACAAAAGUUUUAUUCUCUUAACUUAUUGUUUGCUGUUGGAUAAAACAAAAAAAAA